AUGAUUUCCAAGAGCCAACGCAAGCAACCCCCUCCUUCCAAAACCGCCAAGGACGGCGCAGUGCAAGGACGACCGCUUGUUGCGUACACCAAGAAACUCAAGGUGUCCAAGUUUCACCGGCUCUACAAGAAGGCUUGGAGGCAGGAGGUUUUUGGGAACCAAGCAUUUAUCACCUG